AGCCGGAUUGGUGGUCCCGCCGUCCCCGGGUCGCGACCGCGAGCUCCGCCCGCCGCUGCGUCCCCACUAUGGCGGCGCCCAGGCAGCCCACCGCGUCGUGGGUGCCCGGCGGGGUCCCCAGCGGCUGCGGCCGUCGUUUGCGCCCUCGCCUCCGUCUUUCCGCCCGCGUCGGGCCGGGAGCCACCUCUCCGCUGCCUCCCUCACCGCUGCGGUCAUGUAGGGAAUUGUGAACCAUGUGAAGAUGGGCCUCUUGGUAUUCGUGCGCAAUCUGCUGCUAGCCCUCUGCCUUUUCCUGGUCCUAGGAUUCCUUUAUUAUUCGGCGUGGAAGUUGCAUUUACUCCAGUGGGAGGACUCCAAUUCAGUGGUUCUUUCCCUUGACUCCGAUGGACAAACUCUAGGCUCAGAGUAUGAUCGAUUGGGCUUUCUUCUGAAGCUGGACUCUAAACUGCCUGCUGAAUUAGCCACCAAAUACGCCAACUUUUCAGACGGAGCUUGCAAGCCAGGCUAUGCUUCUGCUUUGAUGACCGCAAUCUUUCCCCGGUUCUCCAAGCCAGCACCCAUGUUUCUUGACGACUCCUUUCGCAAGUGGACUCGCAUCCGGGAAUUUGUGCCACCUUUUGGGAUCAAAGGUCAAGACAAUCUGAUCAAAGCCAUCUUGUCAGUCACCAAAGAGUAUCGCCUGACCCCAGCCCUGGACAGCCUCACCUGCCGCCGCUGCAUCAUUGUGGGCAAUGGAGGGGUCCUUGCCAACAAGUCCCUGGGGUCCCGCAUCGACGACUAUGACAUCGUGAUCAGACUGAACUCAGCUCCUGUGAGAGGCUUUGAGAAGGACGUGGGCAGCAAGACCACCCUGCGCAUCACCUACCCUGAGGGCGCCAUGCAGCGGCCUGAGCAGUACGAGCGUGAUUCCCUCUUUGUCCUGGCUGGCUUCAAGUGGCAGGACUUCAGGUGGCUCAAGUACAUUGUCUACAAGGAGAGAGUGAGUGCAUCGGAUGGCUUCUGGAAGUCUGUGGCCACGCGAGUGCCCAAGGAGCCCCCCGAGAUCCGCAUUCUCAACCCCUACUUUAUCCAGGAGGCUGCCUUCACCCUCAUCGGACUCCCCUUCAACAAUGGACUCAUGGGCCGUGGGAACAUCCCGACACUUGGCAGCGUGGCAGUGACCAUGGCCCUGCACGGCUGUGACGAGGUGGCAGUCGCAGGCUUUGGCUACGACAUGAGCACGCCCAACGCACCACUGCACUACUAUGAGACUGUACGGAUGGCCGCCAUCAAAGAGUCUUGGACACACAACAUUCAGCGAGAGAAGGAAUUUCUGCGCAAGCUGGUAAAAGCCCGUGUCAUCACUGACCUCACCAGUGGCAUCUGAGGUGGACCCAGCACGUGGCCGCACGGGCCCAGGCACCACCACGAGCGAUCAGCCGCCGCCACCUCCUGCCACGUCCACUGCCUCGUCCACAGCCUCCAUGGCUCUACCUGAGAGGCGCAGGCGUCUUCAGACCCAGGGAAGGGCAGCCAGGUGGCCCUGGGGGUUGUGAGGCUGAAUCGGGCAGCCGAGCCUUGUCUGCUCGGAGAUUACCGCCUCCCUCUCACCUGGGAGCUCUUGAAGCUGGAGGCCCUGGGCUGUGCCCAGCACCCAGAGUGCCAUGCUGGAGGUGGGAUAUUGAGCAGCAAAACUGCUGCUGGAAUCGUUUCUCCAAUCAGUGUUUUGUGCAUUACCAUUUUGUGAACUCGGGAGGGAAAGGGGGGAGGGAUAAUUUAUUUUUAAAUAAGGUUAGAGAUCUCCUUUGGACUACUUGCCAUGCAGGAGGAGGGCCAGCAGAGGGCCCAGUGGUGGCAGUGGUGCCAGUGCAGUCCCUGCAGAGAGGUGGUGCCAAGAUUGACCGCCCCUACUCCAAGGCUGCAGGAGGGGUGCCACAUCUCCGCUAGCCCCCUCCAACUCAUGACACUGGCUUCUGCCAGGGAGAUGAGGUUCCCCCCUCCACCCUUGGCCAUACCACUGGAAAACUCUGGCACCACCUACAAGACAUUCUCAGCCCCAGUAUGAGAACCAGGGAACAUGGGGAUAUUGGAUGCUACCCCUGACCUGGACACUGAUGAGCUGUGCAACUGUACUAGUUCCAAUGAUGAACAUGCCAGGGCUUUGGGUUCUGCCUGGACUGGAGGGCCGUAAAGCCCAAAGAUCAGCCUCACAGCCAUCAAGGAAGCAAUAAAGC